CGACGCCGGGGGAGCCUGGCGGGCGCGCAGCCGUCGGCGGUGCGGGGCUGCGCGGGGGAGCGCGGGCGAGCCUCGGGGGCGAAGCCCAGGCCCGGCCGUGCGCCCGCCGCGUCCCGGGCUCCGGCUGCGGGAGACUGAGCGGCCGCCGGCGCGCCGCCCUCCGCCCCAGGAGCUGACAGUGCCAGCGUGGUCGUGCCGUUCACCGAUCGGCUAGGAACUGGGGGGACCAUGUCCGGCACCAACAGCCCCGAGGCUGUGAAGAAGCUGCUGGAGAAUAUGCAGAGCGACUUGCGGGCCUUGUCCCUCGAAUGCAAGAAGAAAUUCCCACCUGUCAAGGAGGCUGCUGAAUCGGGAAUAAUAAAAGUUAAAACAAUAGCUGCAAGAAACACCGAAAUUUUGGCAGCAUUAAAAGAGAACAGCUCAGAAGUCGUGCAGCCUUUCCUAAUGGGGUGUGGAACCAAGGAACCAAAGAUCACUCAGCUGUGUUUGGCCGCCAUUCAAAGACUCAUGUCACAUGAAGUGGUGUCUGAGACUGCUGCCGGGAACAUAAUUAACAUGCUGUGGCAGCUCAUGGAGAACAGCCUGGAAGAGCUCAAGCUGCUUCAGACAGUGCUUGUUCUUUUAACCACCAACACGGUCGUUCAUGACGAGGCACUUUCCAAGGCCAUUGUUCUUUGCUUCCGACUGCACUUCACAAAGGACAACAUCACAAACAACACGGCCGCUGCGACCGUGCGACAGGUGGUGACUGUUGUCUUCGAGAGGAUGGUUGCUGAAGAUGAGCGACACAGAGAUAUAGAACCUCCAGUACUGAUCCAAGGAAAUAGUAACAGAAGAUCUGUCAGCACCCUGAGACCUUGUGCUAAAGACGCGUAUAUGCUCUUCCAGGACCUCUGUCAGUUGGUGAAUGCUGACGCGCCUUAUUGGCUUGUAGGCAUGACGGAAAUGACUAGGACGUUUGGCCUUGAACUGCUAGAGUCAGUCCUCAAUGACUUUCCACAAGUGUUUUUACAACAUCAAGAAUUCAGUUUCCUCCUCAAAGAAAGAGUAUGUCCUCUUGUGAUCAAGCUCUUUUCUCCAAAUAUAAAGUUCAGACAAGGGUCCAGUACGUCAUCUUCUCCAGCACCAGUUGAGAAACCAUAUUUUCCUAUUUGCAUGCGUUUGCUGAGAGUGGUGUCUGUUCUGAUCAAGCAGUUUUACAGUCUUUUGGUAACCGAGUGUGAAAUAUUUUUGUCACUUCUGGUGAAGUUUCUGGAUGCAGAUAAGCCACAGUGGCUUCGAGCUGUUGCGGUGGAAUCGAUACACAGGCUGUGCGUGCAGCCUCAGUUAUUAAGAUCUUUUUGUCAGUCGUAUGACAUGAAGCAACACUCCACCAAGGUGUUCCGGGACAUUGUGAACGCGCUGGGCUCUUUCAUCCAGUCUUUGUUUCUCGUCCCGCCUACUGGAAAUGCGGCUGCAGCCAACCAAGCUGGAAACAAUAAUGCCGGUGGCCCAGUCUCAGCACCAGCUAACUCAGGGAUGGUGGGGGUUGGUGGAGGGGUUACUUUACUACCAGCAUUUGAAUACAGAGGAACUUGGAUACCUAUCCUGACUAUUACAGUUCAAGGCAGUGCCAAAGCCACCUACUUAGAGAUGCUGGACAAAGUUGAACCCCCAACUAUUCCGGAAGGCUAUGCCAUGUCUGUGGCAUUCCACUGUCUGUUGGAUCUUGUCCGGGGAAUCACCACCAUGAUAGAAGGAGAGUUAGGAGAGUCUGAAACAGAGUGUCCCACUGUCACGGAAGGAGCAUCGUCACAGUCAUCAGGACAGCGAGAUGUGCAGUCAGCAUCAGACCAGGGGGAGAAGGAGACAGUGAGCAGAGCUGUCUGGGAAGAGAUGGUGAGCGCUUGUUGGUGCGGUCUUCUUGCUGCGCUCUCACUUCUCCUCGAUGCCAGCACAGAUGAGACUGCCACUGAGAACAUUUUGAAGGCUGAACUGAGCAUGGCUGCUCUCUGUGGAAGACUGGGCCUUGUGACGUCACGAGAUGCCUUUAUAACCGCAGUGUGCAAAGGCUCCUUGCCUCCACAUUACGCCCUGACUGUGCUGAAUGCCGCCACUGCCGCCACACUGUCCAAUAAAUCAUAUUCUAUCCAGGGCCAAAGUGUUAUGAUGAUAAGUCCAUCAAGCGAGUCUCACCAGCAAGUUGUGGCAGUGGGUCAGCCUCUCGCAGUGCAGCCUCAAGGGACAGUGAUGUUGACUUCCAAAAAUAUCCAGUGCAUGAGGACUCUACUUAACCUGGCGCACUGUCAUGGUGCUGUUCUCGGAACAUCUUGGCAGCUUGUUCUGGCAACUCUUCAGCAUCUUGUGUGGAUUCUGGGGUUAAAGCCCAGCAGUGGUGGUGCCCUGAAGCCUGGAAGAGCAGUAGAAGGCCCAAGCACGGUCCUCACAACAGCAGUGAUGACAGAUUUGCCAGUGAUUUCCAACAUUCUUUCAAGACUAUUCGAAAGCUCACAGUAUCUUGAUGACGUGUCUUUGCAUCAUUUAAUAAAUGCACUUUGUUCCUUAUCUCUAGAAGCAAUGGAUAUGGCCUAUGGAAAUAAUAAGGAACCAUCUCUUUUUGCUGUUGCCAAACUGUUAGAAACUGGUCUAGUUAAUAUGCACAGAAUAGAAAUUUUAUGGAGACCUCUAACUGGCCAUCUACUUGAGGUCUGCCAGCACCCCAACUCUCGCAUGAGAGAGUGGGGGGCGGAAGCUUUGACGUCACUCAUUAAAGCGGGGCUGACGUUCAACCACGAGCCUCCACUUUCACAGAACCAGAGGCUACAGCUGCUUUUACUGAACCCGUUAAAAGAGAUGUCCAAUGUUAACCAUCCAGAUAUCCGACUCAAGCAGCUGGAAUGUGUGCUGCAGAUUCUGCAGAGCCAGGGAGACAGUCUUGGGCCUGGCUGGCCUUUAGUUCUUGGAGUUAUGGGAGCAAUCAGAAAUGAUCAAGGAGAAUCACUCAUCAGAACUGCCUUUCAGUGUCUGCAGUUGGUUGUGACAGAUUUCCUACCCACAAUGCCUUGUUCUUGCCUACAGAUAGUUGUGGAUGUGGCAGGUAGCUUUGGGCUUCAUAACCAAGAACUUAAUAUUAGUUUAACUUCAAUUGGCUUAUUGUGGAAUAUUUCAGAUUAUUUUUUCCAAAGAGGGGAAACUAUUGAAAAAGAGUUAAAUAAAGAAGAGGCGGCCCAGCAGAAGCAGGCAGAAGAGAAAGGAGUAUCUCUGAAUCGCCCAUUCCACCCUGCACCCCCAUUUGACUGCCUGUGGUUGUGUCUUUAUGCAAAACUGGGGGAACUUUGUGUGGACCCCCGCCCUGCAGUGAGGAAGAGUGCGGGGCAGACCCUGUUCUCUACGAUAGGCGCGCACGGAACCUUGCUGCAGCACUCGACCUGGCACACGGUCAUCUGGAAGGUACUCUUUCAUCUACUGGACCGAGUUCGAGAAUCUUCUACGACUGCAGACAAAGAAAAGAUUGAGUCUGGAGGUGGAAAUAUUUUAAUUCAUCAUUCAAGAGAUACCGCAGAGAAGCAAUGGGCUGAGACGUGGGUAUUAACACUGGCUGGAGUAGCAAGAAUCUUCAACACCAGAAGAUAUUUACUGCAGCCCUUAGGAGACUUUUCAAGAGCUUGGGACGUUCUUCUUGACCACAUUCAGUCGGCUGCACUCAGCAAGAACAACGAAGUGUCCCUGGCUGCUCUGAAAAGCUUCCAGGAAAUCUUACAGAUUGUGUCCCCUGUCAGAGACUCAGAAAAGCCUGAGACCCCUGUAGUUAAUGUGCCCGUGCCUGUCCUUAUAGGAAGCAUUUCAGGCCCAGGCCUGAACAGGCCAUUUGUAAGGACAGAUUCCAUUGGAGAAAAACUGGGAAGAUACAGUUCUGAGCCACCUGCAGUGACUGAUGAGCUUGAAGAUUUGAACCUCUGGUGGGCUGCUUGGAAUACGUGGUGCAGGACUGGCUCUGAAAGCACGAAGCCACCCGCUGCCCUUGAUAGGCUGGCCUUCGUCCCCAGCCAGCCUUUCCUUACGGCUCUGGUCCAAAUAUUCCCAGCUCUGUACCAGCACGUAAGAGCCGGCUUCAACAUGGACGACCUACAGGAGCUGGGGGUCAUACUGCACAGUGCUGUUUCGGUCCCCAUAAGUUCAGAUGCCUCCCCUUUCAUUCUCCCAUCGUACACGGAAGCAGUUCUGACCAGUCUACAGGAAGCUGUGCUUACGGCUCUCGAUGUUCUCCAAAAGGCCAUCUGUGUUGGACCAGAAAACAUGCAGAUAAUGUACCCAGCUAUAUUUGACCAGUUACUGGCAUUUGUAGAGUUUUCCUGUAAACCUCCACAGUAUGGACAGCUGGAAACAAAGCAUGUUGCAAAUGCAAAAUAUAAUCAGAUCCAACUAUUUGCACCGGCGGAAUGGGUAGCCUUGAAUUAUGUACCAUUCGCGGAAAGAUCUUUAGAAGUAGUUGUGGAUUUGUACCAAAAAACAGCCUGUCAUAAAGCAGUGGUGAAUGAGAAAGUCCUCCAGAAUAUUAUUAAGACUCUCAGGGUUCCUCUCAGUCUGAAGUAUUCCUGCCCUUCUGAAAGCACAUGGAAACUGGCAGUGGCUUCUCUCCUCAAAGUUCUUUCCAUUGGGCUGCCUGUUGCCCGACAGCAUGCUUCUUCUGGGAAAUUUGACAGCAUGUGGCCAGAGUUAGCCAGCACUCUUGAAGACUUCCUGUUUACUAAAAGUGUACCUCCGGAUAAUCUCUCCAUUCAAGAAUUUCAAAGAAAUGAAAGUAUUGAUGUUGAAGUGGUUCAGCUUAUCAGCGCGGAGAUCCUCCCCUACGCCAAUCUCAUCCCUAGAGCGUUUGUGGGUCAGAUGAUGACCAUGCUCAACAGAGGCUCCAUCCAUUCCCAGUCGUCCUCAUUCACAGAAGCAGAGAUUGACAUUCGUUUGAGAGAAGAAUUUUCUAAAAUGUGUUUUGAAACGUUGCUCCAGUUUUCCUUCAGUAACAAAGUCACGACACCCCAGGAAGGCUACAUUUCACGGAUGGCGCUCUCUGUGCUUUUAAAGAGGUCACAGGAUGUCCUACAUCGCUACAUAGAGGAUGAGAGGCUGAGUGGGAAAUGCCCUCUCCCAAGGCAACAAGUAACAGAGAUCAUAUUUGUUUUAAAAGCAGUCAGCACUCUCAUUGAUUCGCUUAAGAAAACCCAGCCUGAGAAUGUUGAUGGAAAUACCUGGGCACAAGUAAUUGCCUUAUACCCAACUUUAGUAGAAUGUAUCACCUGUUCCUCUUCAGAAGUCUGCUCAGCUCUUAAAGAGGCACUAGUUCCUUUUAAGGAUUUCAUGCAGCCACCAGCAUCCAAAGUUCAAAAUGGAGAAUCUUGACCAGCUAUAGUACACGUGAAGGAAGAAAAAUAUUUUGAGGGAUGCUUCCUCCUGAGUCUCUAUAAGAAGGACAUUUCUUAUUGAAGUAUUCUUGGCAGCUGUUGUUUGCCUUUAACUUAAAGUGUAAUUAUCUGGAUUCAGUGAUUCAUAUAAAAUCGUAUGUGGCAGCAAAGGCUCAUGGAGGGAUCCAGGCCUUCUCGUGCAUGGUCUCGAUGGAGGGAGAGUGAACACUACAUCAUACCUGCUACCAUGUCUUCAGUUGGUGACUUAAAGUGAGCUUAUGUACAGUUUGUGGUGUACGUGUUAAUGAUGUACUUUUUAAAAAGAAAGAAGAUAUUUCCAUUAAGAUUUUUUGAGGCUGGUGUUUUACAUCCUUUUUCAAGUACAGAAUUGUACUAAAAUUUUAUGCAAGGUGGUACUGUAACAUUCCAUAUUAUCUACAACCAGCCUUUGUGAACAAAGGGAACUGAUAUACUGUGUGUAUAAUAAAUGGUACAGUUCUGUAUAAAAUAGUUGCAUUUAUUUAAAAUUUUACAAUAUUGAUGAUGUUAAUGCUCGAGGCUGUAUUUAUUAUUAAUACAAAAUUGUUUGCGUACAUUUUACUUCUGAUUUGCCUUCUUCUGGGGCAGAUAAGCUUGUUGUGUAAUCAUACAGUUGGCUCCAUGCUUUUUUACAUGCAUUAUUGGUGACCAGAAGGAUCAUGUGAACACGGCAGCAGAAGAUAUGAUUUGCUGACUUUGCACCUUUGAAAUGCAGGCUGUAACUUCUUACCCUGAGACACAUUGUAGCACGAUGACCCAGUCAUACCUCAUUUCUCCAGGCCCCUCUAAGCUUUCAUGUGUCUGUUUUUACAUUUGUGUCUGAAUUUUAAAGACUUUUCAUAUUUUAUAUUCCUGUUGUUUCUUCCCGUGACAUAUGUCACUGUCUUUGAAUGACCAUCUAGGCAAGAUGACUUUACAUUUCAUGAAACUUUGCCCAUAAGGUUUUGUUCUUCUCUGUGCUUCCUUUUCUGGGUACCUUCUAAGUAGAAACAGCAUCAGGCUAGCCCACAUUUCCAAGUGCAGCGAGCUUACUGUGCUGGGUAAAGCUCUCGUGCUGUCCACCCUCAUGCCCUGAGGAAGAAGGAGAGUUACGGAGCACAUGGCUUCUCUCUUACAAAACUGACUUUGACCUAGCUCGCUGUGUUUUUUAUUUAAUUUAUUAUGCUGUUAUAAUAUUUUUCUUCCAAGUUAAAAGUUCACUUCACAAGUGCUAAAGACUUGAAAAUGUUGAAAACAUGGCUAUUAAUGAGACAUGAUAGUGGAGUUGGUAUUAUUUGAAUGCACUAGAAAGCUUUUGGCUUUAACAAGGUUUAUAAAUUUUGGCCUCUCAAGAAUAAUCAUAAAACUAUUGGGGGACAUUAAAGUUGGGUAUUCAUUGAGGUACAAUUUUGAGGCUAUUUUAAUUAUAUAAUGAUUUAAUUUGUACUAUAUUCUGUAUAUGUGUGUUAAGGCCUAUUUUGAAGGAAUAUUAUUUUUACUCACAUGAAUCAAUGAAUUUCUAUUUUAUUAUUUCACCUAAGGUUAAGGUAAAACAUGGCAUCUCAUAGAUUGCUGUUGGUGUUUUCUUAAAGGUGUAAAAAAAAAAAGUGACUCAAACUGUGUAUUUUUUAUAUUUUGAUAUAUUUACAUAUGGAGUAAAAAUAGGAAUAUGACUGAUAAGGUAUCAAAAUAAUAAGAGUGGCAACAUUUUCAAAAUAUUACCCUGAGUUUAUGGGAAGUAAAAGCGUCUGCUCAUGAAAAAUAACAGAUCAACUGCAAUCUGAAUGAUUAUUCUCCAAUGAAGGUUACCUAUGGGUCUACAGCAUACAGUUACAUAAAGUAAAUAAUUUAAGCUAAUACAGUAUUAGCUUUCGAUACCAAUAUCAUGCCAUAUAGUCCAGAACGUAAAAUGUGAUGAGUGUGUUAAUGUACAGUGAUUACUGCCAGCCUCUGUGUCAAGCAAGCAGGCCAUUCCCUGGGGGACUAAUUGACAGGCUUCUCCCCAAAAUUUCUCUCAACUCCCAAGGAGUCACAACUAGUAAUUAAUGCCUUUGGGUUACACAUUCUUCUAGGCUACAUUUUCUAAUAUGUGCUGGUCCCGGAGAGGUUGAUGAUUGUCCUUGCCCUGUAAGUGUGGACUGGUUCUUUGGUCAGUGCAAGAACUGGGCUACAUGGAGUUGUUAGAUGCAAGGAAAUCUUCAAAUGCUCCUGGUGGUGAAGCACGAGGUUCAAUCCCUGUCAUCACUCCUGUCUCAGUGCGGUGAGUUUAAAGACUCAUAAUGAGUCUACCAGUGACCAUCUCUGUUAGAGACGGCUGAACAAUAGGCUGUGCCAACAACUGGAUGAUCAUAGAGGUUUUAAUGUAAUUAUUUACUUGCCUAGAUCUUGUUUUGGAUUCUAGUAGUGUAACCAAGGAAGAAAGGUCAAUUUUAUAGUAUCUUAGUUCCUUAUGAUUAAUUUAGAAGUUUUGUUUGGCUGUAUGCAUUUUGCAUAACAUUUAUUAAAAGCCUACUAUGUACCAAAGGCGGGGGAGGGGAGACUUUUUAUUAAAUCUGACCAGGAAAGAAACACUUUCAACUUACUACAGGAGCAUGUAUGUUCUCACUUGUUCCCUCCCACAUACUUAUUAAGUACUUGCUACAUUCUUUAAAUUAUAUAUAGCAUCGGAAGAAAACAAUGUUCAAUUUAUUUAUGUUAUCCUAGUGGAUAACAGUCAUUUUUAAGUAACAAUUAUUUGUCCUUUCUUCUAGAAUGUUAAGAAUGUUGUGUCUGUUGUCAGUUUGCUACCAGCUAGUCCUAGGUAAGCAUUUGGUCAGCGGUCAGCUAGGAACUGAGAGCAAAUUGACAUACACUGUUAAACUGUGCUGGAAAACAUCAAAAAUAUACCCCCAAAAUGGAUUGCUCAUGUCAGGUCAAUAAAAGGCACUACUGAAUAUACUCCCCGAGUGUAGAAUAAUUCAUGUGAUAGCCAAAUCUUUAGGAGUUGGCUAAGGGCCACAAGCAUAGGCAGAACACUUUGAGGAAAUGCCUUCCUGAGAGUGCCACUGAAAUUAGCUGGAAAUCAAGGCCUUAAAUAGAUUAAUGUCCAAGCUCAGAUUAGUGUGGGUUAUGGAUUUUUCUAGAAAACUACCACAGAGGUGGAAAAAAAUGGGUCUCCUCAAAAGUGUUCCCCGCAGCCUAGAAUGUUUCCACUUACUAGAUUUAGCAUUUUGCAGAUACUCUCACUUGUCAAAAGAUUUGCAGUUUGCUAUGCUUAGUGCUACAAGGCUGUCUUUAUUAGAUUGAAUUGUUUUCUAAUUAUUCAUGAGAAGAACACGAAUUCCUUGAUGUGUUGUCUUACUGACUUUCAUAUGGUGGAUAAAUAGUUUUUAAUACCUUAUGGUCAUUUGAAUUAAAGUUUUGUAUCUCUGGAGAGGAGAGUGGUGCUUUUAUAUUAAUGUUAAGUUUUUAUGAAUGAGAAGGAAAGUCAUGGUUGAUUCUCAAUUUAUAUGCAAACCCUCUCAGAAGACUUGAAUUAAGUCCAGUAGGUUUUUUGUUUUUAACUGUAUUAGCAUUGUUGGCUUUAAAGAGCCAUGUGGAUAAACGAGGUGUGAUGGUUCACACCUCUAAGCCUAGUGCUCAAUGGGUACAGGCAGAGAGGUCACACGAGGAGUCUGUGCGGGUCAGGAGUACCCAGGGAGGCCUUGCUGCAAAAACAAGAGGAGUGGGGUUGGUCAGUAUCUUGUGGUUGAAUACCCUCUGAGAUCUUGGAGUGAUGGGCUCAAGUUCUGCCUCUUAAGUCAUCUUUAAGCAAAUUUCCAAAGCUGCUCUUUCCCUCCUUCUAAAGCGAUGAUGGUAAGCUACUAACUCUUUCAAAAAGAUGCUCACUGUGAAUGUGACCUUGAUUUCGCAGUGACACUCUCGGCACUUGUUCAGGUUGUUGAUCGUGUACUGUUCUAUCCAAAGAGCACUUAACUGUUUUUCUUUCUUUUUUGGGAGGAAUCACAUUCAUUCCCUUCAGUUUAAAAUAUAUGUUUUCCUUACUUUCUCUUAAUUUUUAUCUCUUUUUAUCCUCUUUUUAUUGUCUACCCAUUUCCCACUCACCUAUUCUUUCAUUAUGAGUCUCAGACAGAAACCCUGGUGGCAGGCUUCCUAUUAAUGAGAUUUUAGAAGUGCCUUCCGAUUUGGCCACUGUUGCCUUUUUGCUAAGGUGACGUUCCCUUCCAUUUUAAAAUAGCAGAACAGUAUAAAGUGUUUUGUGACUAUUGCCUACUAUAUUUCUGAGUCUAUGAUUCUGCCCCCAAGACACAGAAUGGGAUUGCUGUAAAUAAAUGAUUCAGUGGCUAAA